UUCCUGAAGGGUCCACCCCAUGGGUGGAGUCUCGCUUUUUCUUUCCAGUGUUGGCUGACUUACAGCUCUUAUAAACUAGUGGCAAUUUCUGAACCCAGCCGGCUCCAUCUCAGCUUCUGGUUUCUAAGUCCAUGUGCCAAAGGCUGCCAGGAAGGAGGUCUGUGCUGGGAACUGUGGAUAUGAUGGUGAAAGACACUCAGCUCCUGAGGAAGCCUGCUUCGUGGGAUGGCAGAUAUACACACGAAGGGAAAUAGCACUUGUCAACGUCAUGUGGCCCAGGACUGUGCCGGGUCUUUUCUGUUGUUUGUCUCAUGGACUCGUGCAGUGAACGCCUUCCUGAGUCCUGGAUCUUUCUUCCUUCUGGAAAUCUUUGACUGUGGGUAUUUAUUUAUUUCUGAGUAAGAGCGUCCACGCAUCAUGGACCUCGCGGGACUGCUGAAGUCUCAGUUCCUGUGCCACCUGGUCUUCUGCUACGUCUUUAUUGCCUCGGGGCUAAUCAUCAACACCAUUCAGCUCUUCACUCUCCUCCUCUGGCCCAUUAACAAGCAGCUCUUCCGGAAGAUCAACUGCAGACUGUCCUAUUGCAUCUCAAGCCAGCUGGUGAUGCUGCUGGAGUGGUGGUCGGGCACGGAAUGCACCAUCUUCACGGACCCGCGCGCCUACCUCAAGUAUGGGAAGGAAAAUGCCAUCGUGGUUCUCAACCACAAGUUUGAAAUUGACUUUCUGUGUGGCUGGAGCCUGUCCGAACGCUUUGGGCUGUUGGGGGGCUCCAAGGUCCUGGCCAAGAAAGAGCUGGCCUAUGUCCCGAUCAUCGGCUGGAUGUGGUACUUCACCGAGAUGGUGUUCUGUUCGCGCAAGUGGGAGCAGGACCGCAAGACGGUCGCCGCCAGUUUGCAGCACCUCCGGGACUACCCCGAGAAGUAUUUUUUCCUGAUUCACUGUGAGGGCACGCGGUUCACGGAGAAGAAGCAUGAGAUCAGCAUGCAGGUGGCCCGGGCCAAGGGGCUGCCUCGCCUCAAGCAUCACCUGUUGCCACGAACCAAGGGCUUCGCCAUCACCGUGAGGAGCUUGAGAAAUGUAGUUUCAGCUGUAUAUGACUGUACACUCAAUUUCAGAAAUAAUGAAAAUCCAACACUGCUGGGAGUCCUAAAUGGAAAGAAAUACCAUGCAGAUUUGUAUGUUAGGAGGAUCCCACUGGAAGACAUCCCUGAAGACGAUGACGAGUGCUCGGCCUGGCUGCACAAGCUCUACCAGGAGAAGGAUGCCUUUCAGGAGGAGUACUACAGGACGGGCACCUUCCCAGAGACGCCCAUGGUGCCCCCCCGGCGGCCCUGGACCCUCGUGAACUGGCUGUUUUGGGCCUCGCUGGUGCUCUACCCUUUCUUCCAGUUCCUGGUCAGCAUGAUCAGGAGCGGGUCUUCCCUGACGCUGGCCAGCUUCAUCCUCGUCUUCUUCGUGGCCUCCGUGGGAGUUCGAUGGAUGAUUGGUGUGACGGAAAUUGACAAGGGCUCUGCCUACGGCAACUCUGACAGCAAGCAGAAACUGAAUGACUGACUCAGGGAGGUGUCACCAUCCGAAGGGAACCUUGGGGAACUGGUGGCCUCUGCAUAUCCUCCUUAGUGGGACACGGUGACAAAGGCUGGGUGAGCCCCUGCUGGGCACGGCGGAAGUCACGACCUCUCCAGCCAGGGAGUCUGGGCUCAAGGCCGGAUGGGGAGGAAGAUGUUUUGUAAUCUUUUUUUCCCCAUGUGCUUUAGUGGGCUUUGGUUUUCUUUUUGUGUGAGUGUGUGUGAGAAUGGCUGUGUGGUGAGUGUGAACUUUGUUCUGUGAUCAUGGAAAGGGUAUUUUAGGCUGCAGGGGAGGGCAGGGCUGGGGACCGAAGGGGACAAGUUCCCCUUUCAUCCUUUGGUGCUGAGUUUUCUGUAACCCUUGGUUGCCAGAGAUAAAGUGAAAAGUGCUUUAGGUGAGAUGACUAAAUUAUGCCUCCAAGAAAAAAAAAAAUUAAAGUGCUUUUCUGGGUCA